AGCCGUUUCCGUCUGAACUGGAGCCGUAAAGCGCUGCGUUGCUUCUCUGCGUUCGGCCGUGCGCGGGUCGGAGCCUGCCCUUUGGGGUGGCUGCUGCCGGCCGUGUACAAGCAGCAGAGGUUAUUCGCGCCGAGGCGCCCUCCUGCGGCCGGGACAUGGCGGCAGAGGAGUCCCAGUACCUGCUGGCUCACCGUACUUCGGACGCUUACCUGAGAGUGCAAAACAAGAAGCUGUACCUGGCCACGUUCGCUGCUGUCCUGGGACCACUUAGCUUUGGCUUCGUGCUAGGCUAUAGCUCACCUGCUAUCCCAGAGCUGAGGAAAAUCGACAAUCCGAAAUUACGAUUGGACAGCAAUCAGGCAUCGUGGUUUGGGUCUAUAGUAACAUUAGGAGCUGCUGCUGGAGGAAUACUGGGAGGCUACCUUGUGGAUAAAAUUGGGAGAAAACUGAGUCUGAUGCUGUGUUCAAUACCAUUUGUCUCUGGAUAUAUAGUUAUUAUUUCAGCUCAGAACGUCUGGAUGCUUUAUUUUGGACGAAUACUAACUGGCUUAGCCAGUGGAAUUACUUCACUUGUUGUUCCAGUAUAUAUAUCGGAAAUAUCUCAUACAGAUGUUCGUGGUAUGCUUGGCUCUUUUGUCCAGUUGAUGGUGGUGACUGGCAUACUUGGAGCCUACAUUGCAGGAUUGACACUAAAAUGGCACUGGCUGGCAGUAUUAUGUUCUUUUCCACCAUGCGUAAUGCUUUUGUUUAUGUUGUUCAUGCCUGAAACACCGAGAUUUCUGCUGGAUCAGAAGAAACGUGCAGAAGCUAUAGCUGCUUUACAGUUUCUGCGAGGACCAUACGUGGACCAUGAAUGGGAAUGCAGGCAAAUUGAAGCUAAUGUUGAGGAGGAGGGACUAAGCCUCUUUGAAUUUAAGAAUCCUUCAAUCUACAGGCCACUUCUUAUUGGUGUGAUUCUGAUGUUUCUCCAGCAAGUAACAGGCAUUAAUGCAGUUAUGUUUUAUGCAGAAACAAUCUUUGAAGAUGCAAACUUCCAGGACAGCAGAAUGGCUUCUGUUGUUGUGGGUUUCAUACAAGUAUGUUUCACUGCUGUGGCUGCACUUAUCAUAGAUAAAACUGGAAGAAAAGUGCUGCUUUAUGUGUCUGGGAUGAUCAUGGCUCUCAGUACUGCGCUGUUUGGGUUUUACUUUAAAAUGGUCCUUCCAAAUGGGAACAACUCAUCAAAUACUGAUCUGUGGUUCACUUUAAAUUCAGUAACUCCAGGAACAGAUACUAGACUAUCCUGGCUUGCAGUGGUAAGCCUAGGACUCUUUGUUGCUGGUUUUGCCCUUGGCUGGGGUCCAGUUCCAUGGCUGGUAAUGUCUGAAAUCUUCCCACUUAAAGCAAGGGGUGUAUCAAGCAGUGCCUGUGUGUUAACAAACUGGGUUAUGGCCUUUCUGGUGACCAAGGAAUUUCACGAUUUUAUAGGUUUCUUAACAUCCUAUGGGACAUUCUGGCUCUUCUCUGCCUUCUGCUGCCUCAGCGUGACUUUUGCAGCCUUUUAUGUUCCUGAAACAAAAGGGCGGACCCUGGAACAGAUUGAGGCGUACUUCAGGAAAUCUUAAAUCUCAGACUUUUGCUGAUAUGAAACCUUUACAACAUUAUUGGUGGUGCUAUUGCUAAAACUAACUGUAGCAUGUGGUAGAGAGUCACACAACUUCCUAUACAAUUGUUUUAAUGAAUUUUGUAAAAUCUACCUUUUUUUCCCCUCCCCCAAAAAUCUAUAGGAAUUUGCAUGCA